GGGUUUCACCUGCUGCUGCUGCUGCUGCUGCUGCUAAACUGUUGCUGCUGCUCUGCUUCCUACCUAGAGAUCCAAUCCACCUCACUUUCUCAACCUUCCUAAUCCGAUCGAUUUGUCUUCUACAUCUCAAUCUUACGCUUCUCUAAUCUACCUAUCACUUUGAUAAUGUCUCUUCCCCAGGUUCACCCCGAAGUUACAUGGGCCCAGCGCUCCUCGACUACUGAGCCCGAGCGCAACUACCUCUACGUGAGCAUCAAGGCUCCCGAUGUCGCUCGCAGUGAUGCUUCGCUCCAGAUUACCUCCAACAACGUCACUUUCAGCGGCGAGUCCAAAAAGGGCGUAAAAUACCAAGUCUCGCUCGAUCUUUUCGCCGAGAUCGACCCUGAGCACUCGAAGACGAACCACAGUGACCGUGAGGUCGAGCUGGUGCUGCGCAAGAAGGAGCUGAAGGAGGAGUACUGGCCCCGUCUGUUGAAGACGACCCAGAAGGUCCACUUCCUCAAGACCGACUUCGAUAAGUGGGUCGAUGAGGACGAGCAGGACGAGGCCCCUGAGGAUGACUACGCGAACGGCUUCGGCGGUAUGGACGCAGGAGAUAUGGCUGGUGGUGGCGGCCUUGGCAACAUUGACUUCUCUAAGCUUGGUGGCCUCCCUGGUAUGAACGGCGGAGGCUUCGAAGCAGGAGAGGGAGACGAGGAGGAUGAGGACAUGCCCGAGCUUGAAGAGGCCGGCGAGGACAAGGAGGCCAAGAUCAAGGAGGUUGCCUAAACUUGAGAAGGAUUACUCGCGGAGAUGCGCGUUGCGACAUACAGAUAUGAAGAAUGAAGGCAUAAACGAAUGCGCUUAUCACAAUCAGCAUCAAUGAGCCUUUACGCUCAGUCUAUCGUAUACUAUAUUGAUCGCGACUCAUAGUGUGACUAAUUGGCGCAAAGUCGAACGAGAGGUUAGUUUGAACGGCCUUAUCGGAGAGGCGAAAGAAGAGAGAGACAAGUUGGAAAGGAAGCGAAUAUUUUUUUUUUCUUCAUUGGUAUGAGAUGACGAAAUAGCCAACGACGUUUUUGCUACUAAGAC